CGCAAGUCUCUGCUAGUGGUUUCCUGCGCCCCGCUAGACGCUUUCAAAGGUGGACAAAUCCUCAGCUUGAAGUGAAAGUGGGAUAUCAUGGCAUCGGUGUGGACUGGAAACAGAGGGACCAUUCAAGAUUAUGCAGGUUUUAACCCAUCAGCAGAUGCUGAAGCUAUCCGGAAGGCAAUCCAAGGAAUCGGAACCAAUGAGGAAACUCUUAUCCACAUUCUGACAGCAAGAUCUCAUGCACAGAGGCAGUUGAUUGCUAAGGAAUAUCAAGUAGCAUCUGGAAAGGAGCUGAAAGAUGACUUGAAGAGUGAUCUCUCUGGCAACUUUGAACAUCUAAUGGUGGCUCUCAUUACGUCACCAGCUGUAUUUGAUGCAAAGCAGUUAAAGAAAGCCAUGAAGGGGACUGGAACUAAUGAAAGUUCAUUGAUUGAAAUUCUAACUACCAGAAGCAACAAACAACUGAAGGAGAUCUCCCAGGCCUAUUAUACAGCAUAUAAGAAGAGUCUUGGUGAUGCCAUUAGUUUGGAGACAUCUGGAGACUUCAGGAAAGCAUUGUUGACUUUGGCUGAUGGCAGAAGAGACGAAAGUCUGAAAGCGGAUGAAUAUCUUGCAAAAAAGGAUGCUCAGAUCCUUUAUGAAGCUGGUGAGAAGAAAUGGGGCACUGAUGAAGACAAAUUCACUGAAAUACUGUGUUUACGAAGCUUUCCUCAACUGAGACUAACAUUUGAAGAAUACAGAAACAUCAGCCAAAAGGACAUUGAGGAAAGCAUUAAGGGAGAGUUGUCUGGGCAUUUUGAAGACUUACUUUUGGCUAUAGUUCAUUGCGUGAAGAACUUGCCUGCCUUUUUAGCUGAAAGACUGCAUAAAGCUUUGAAGGGUGCUGGCACUGAUGAAUUGACUCUGAAUCGAAUAAUGGUUUCCAGAUCAGAAAUUGACCUUUUAGAUAUUCGAGGAGAAUAUAAGAAGCAUUAUGGGUGCUCCCUCUCUUCAGCCAUCAAGUCAGAUACAUCUGGAGACUAUGAGACAGCCCUUCUGAAGAUAUGUGGUGAAGAUGAUUGAAGAAAGAAAAUCUCCAGGAGCCUCUCAUCUUCCUGUGAUGUAUUUCUACCAUCUUUUUAAAAUGCUUUCUCUGAGUCAGCAAGUGUAUAUGCCAAUGGAUACAGCAGAUUGUUUUCUUAAUUACAGUUUUCAUUGUUUUGUAAUAAAUAAAACCUUAUUUUAGUGCACCUCAUAUAUCAUGUAACAGUUUCUUAAAAAUGGGUUUUAGAAAAUGAAUUGCAUCAAAUAAUUCCAAAAUGGGCAUCUGGCUUGGAAGUAGAAAUUAAAUACAUUAUGAAAAGCAUUAACUAUAAAGUAGGGCAAUAAAAAUUAUUGUUCUCACUAAAGAUAAUUUGUCUGAAUUCAACUUUUAUCAAAACUGUCAGGCAGUUGCUACUAAAAAGAAAUGAUUUUUUUAAAAAAAAAAGCAUUAUAUUUUUAAAUGGUUAAUCUGGAAACAUUCUAAUGAGCAUUAAAACAUGAAAGACUGUCUGGUUCAACCUGACUCCUAUAAAGUACUGCUGAGGAUUAUGUAAUGGUAGAAAAACAUGCUAAUU